AUGAAAAUCAUUUGGUUUCUAAAUGCUCUGUGCAGUUGUACAGUUUGUUUCGGAGAACGCAUCUAUACCAACAGCUGGGCUGUUCAUUUAAAUGACGUCCCUGAGCAAAUUGACAGGAUUACAUGGAAAUACGGCUUCCUCAAUUUAGGGAAGAUUUUUGCAGAUGGAAGCUACUACCACAUGAAGCAGAGAGGGGUGGCAAAACGAUCACUGCAAUCGCACCGUUUAUAUAACCUUCGGCUGAAAAAGGACCCUAAGGUCUUGUGGUUCGCGCAACAAUCUGGGAAGACUCGAAGGAGACGACAUCCUUCUAACGGCGCACCCCCCAACGAUCCCCUCUUUAGCAAGCAAUGGUUUUUGAGUACAGCAUUUAAUCUGAAUGUUGUGGCAGCCUGGGCACACGGGUACACUGGAAAAGGAGUUGUAGUUUCAAUAUUAGAUGAUGGCAUUGAGAAGAGCCACCCUGACCUUUUUGAAAAUUAUGAUCCACAGGCCAGCUAUGACAUGAAUGAUGAUGAUGCCAAUCCAGAACCUCGCUACACACAAAUUGAUGAAAACAGGCAUGGGACACGUUGUGCUGGACAGGUGGCAGCAGCGGCGAACAACAGUGUGUGUGGAGUUGUGGUAGCAUAUCAGGCUAAGAUUGGUGGUAUUCGCAUGCUUGAUGGUCAUGUGACUGAUUUAACAGAAGCCAAAUCUCUAACCUUGAAUCCGGAGCACAUUGAUAUCUACAGCGCCAGUUGGGGCCCCCAGGAUGAUGGCAGUACCGUGGAUGGGCCUAGCACACUGGCCUCUGAGGCUUUUGUCAGAGGCAUAAGUAAUGGGCGCAGUGGCUUGGGUUCAAUUUAUGUAUGGGCCUCUGGAAAUGGUGGAACCACAUCUGACAACUGCAACUGUGAUGGAUAUGCCAACAGCAUAUACACUCUUUCUGUUGGCAGUACAACUGAAAGGGGAACUGUGCCCUCCUACAGCGAGCCUUGUUCUGCCAUUAUAACAGCCAUCUACAGUGGUGGCAGCCAGCAUUACCGCAGAAUUGUCACCACAGACCUGCGACACUCUUGUACCUCUGAUCAUACAGGAACCUCUGCAUCUGCUCCACUGGCUGCUGGAAUCAUUGCACUGGCUUUAGAGGCAAACCCUACACUGACCUGGCGUGAUGUGCAACACAUCACAGUGCGGGCAUCUAGACCAGCUGAUCUCAGAACCAAAGACUGGCACACAAAUGGAGUGGGGAGACAUGUCAGCCAUUACUAUGGGUAUGGGCUGCUGGAUGCUGGGAGGCUGGUUGACCUGGCCAGGAAAUGGAAACCAGUACAACCUCAGAGGAAGUGCCUCACUGAUGUCAUCACCAGGCCCCAUGAGAUUCGUGGGAGGCUGGUAUUCCAGUGGAAUGAGACAGCUUGCCUGAGGACCAAGAACUGGAUUCGCUCUUUGGAACACAUCCAAGCACGGCUCACGCUGUCCUACACCCGACGAGGAGACCUGUCCAUUAUUCUCAUCAGUCCACUGGGCACCCGCUCCCAUCUGGUCACCUUCAGGCCUUUUGAUACAUCUCCAAGGGGAUAUGAUGACUGGGCCUUUAUGAGCAUACAUAGCUGGGAUGAAGACCCUAGUGGCUUGUGGACUCUCCAAAUAGAAAACAAGGGAGACUUAUCCAACAGAGGAAUCUUGACCCACUUCCAACUAGAACUGUAUGGGACUGAGGAGCGUAUGAUCAGACGUCGCAUGGAGCGGACAGUGGUUCAUCAGUGUGCAGUUUGGAGCUCCAAUGGGACCUGUAAAGAGUGUGUCUACCCCUUAUAUAUGUUUGAGAGCAUCUGCCUGGAGGCCUGUCCCCCUCAUUACUAUGAGUCAGGUAGCAACGGCACCCAGUCUGAAAGGAAGUGCCUACCAUGCCACCGGAGCUGCCAUACUUGCUUCGCUUCAAACCAGGUGAACAACAGCAGCAAUGCCAGUCAGGUCAUCAGAGUGGACACAGUGACAGUCAGUGUGUCCACAGACAAUCAGACAACAGGCAACGAGAACAGCACUUUUGAUGACAUAACAGAAAACUCCCAGGAGACAUGA